AUGGCAGAUUCAACAAAGUACGUACCAAUUACUUCAAGAACUUUAGUUUCAGACUUGAAACUGAAAAAUAUAUUAUCUUUUAGAACAAAGAAAACAAGAAAUGUUGUAUAUGUAUUCGUCGCUAUAUUCAUCGUUGUUACAUUAAUCUUAGCAUUUAAUCCUUCAUCUCCUUGGUUUUCUAAUAUUUUUACAACAACAAGAAGCCCAUCUUCGUCAUCAUCUUAUUCUCAGUUCUCUUCAAUUUAUUCUUGUUUUUUUCCAUCGAAUUCUUCAAAAAGUUUACAUCUUUCUUCACCAAAUUCAAAUGUCACUAUUAUAAGCUAUCCAACUACGAAUCUUAAUAAACCCCAUGUGAAAAGAGAUCCCCAAGGUGCUCAAAACCAAACUCAAGUGAAUGUGUUGAACCAAACCAGAAAUAGGCCAAAGUUAGCAACUGAAUUCAAUGAAGCAGCAUUGAAAAAUGUAACCGAAAAUGGUAUUCAAAAACCAUCUGAAUCAAUGCCGAAGUAUACCGGGAAUGGUUCUGUGAGCGGGUCCAGUCCAAAAUUUGAAGGAAAAAACAGGGGAAAUAAUGUUACUUCUUUGGGCCAAAAACAGGGGAUUGAAGAAAUGUUGAAGGGAUUAGUGGAUUGUAAUUUCUUUGAUGGAGAAUGGGUUAGAGAUGAAACAUAUCCAUUGUAUAAGCCUGGUUCUUGUUCAUUGAUUGAUAAAAAAUUUAAUUGUUUCUCAAAUGGUAGGCCUGAUUUAGUGUUUCAACAAUAUAAGUGGAAGCCUAAAGGUUGCACUCUACCAAGGUUGGACGGAAGCAAAAUGUUGCAAAUGUUAAGAGGAAAACGAUUGGUUUUCGUUGGGGAUUCUUUAAAUAGAAAUAUGUGGGAAUCAUUGGUUUGUAUCUUACGAAACUCGGUUAAAGAUCAAAGUAAGGUCCAUGAAGUCUCAGGAACGCACAAUUUUGUAUCAGAACGUUUUUACGCUUUUCUAUUCAAGGAUUAUAACUGCACAGUGGAGUACUUUAAGGAACCAUUCUUAGUUCAAGAAUUGGUAACAACAGACAAAUAUGGAACAAAAAAGGAGACCCUACGGCUUGACAUGAUCAGUAACUUGGCCCAUCAGUACAGAACUGCAGACGUGGUUGUCUUCAACACUGGGCAUUGGUGGACUCAUGAAAAGACUGCCAAAGGAAAAGAUUAUUAUCAAGAAGGUGGACAUGUCUAUAGUGAACUGAACGUGUUAGAGGCCUUUCGUAAAGCAUUGACAACAUGGGGAAUGUGGGUUGAUGCUAAUAUUAACCCUGCAAAAACUUCAGUUUUCUUCAGAGGAUAUUCUGCAUCUCAUUUCAGCGGACGGCAAUGGAAUUCUAGAGGAGCAUGCGACCAUGAAGUCGAGCCCAUCUACAACACUACUUACCUUACAACAUAUCCAGACAAAAUGGUCGUUUUGGAGAAAGUUUUCAAAGGAAUGAAAACCCAAGUGUCAUAUCUAAACAUAACGAGACUAACGGAUUUCAGAAAAGACGGUCACCCUUCAAUCUACCGGAAACAACAUUACUCAACAGAAGAACUAAAAUCACCAUUACAUUUUCAAGAUUGCAGCCACUGGUGCUUACCUGGUGUUCCUGAUGUAUGGAAUGAAAUCCUUUAUGCUCAACUUCUGGUCAAACAGUACCAAAGUCAACAGAAAUUGUGA